AUGACCGGUUCCAACCAACUUACAGCCCUGGAGGCCUUUCUCCUUUCGCAUCCCAGCAUCGGCUACAUCCCGCCCACCUCCGCCGAGUAUGUGCCCACAGCCAACCGGGUGUUCAUCGCCGGCAUCAACGCCCGUCCACUGGCCAUCGUGCAGCCCCAGUCUCCCGCAGAUGUCGCAGCACUCGUUAAAUUCGCCAAGACCCACUCUGUACCCUUUACCGUUCGCUCGGGCGGCCACAAUCUCGAGGCUCGCUCCGUCGUGAAUGGCGCCCUUCUCAUCGACCUGCGCGCCCUGACGGCCGUUACGGUCGCCCCGGAUCGUCAGUCCGCUACCGUCCAGGGAGGUAUUCUCCAGGGUGAACUGGCUAAUAUCCUCUGGGAGGAGGGGCUGGUUACUCCGACCGGUUCUAUCCCCAGCGUCGGAUAUGUCGGCUGGGCCAUGUAUGGCGGCUAUGGGCCCUUUUCGUCUCAUUGGGGACUGGGCGUUGAUCAGAUUCUGGGUGCUACGGUGGUGGAUGCUAAUGGGGAGAUUGUUGUUGCUGAUGAGUCCCUCCUCAGGGGUAUCCGUGGUGCAGGGGGAAUCUUCGGCAUCAUUGUUGACGUUACUAUCAAGGUCUACUCCCUUCCAAAGCUCCUCGCCGGCGCAAUCAUUUUCGACUCCUCCGACAUCACUCAAACCAUCAUUACUUUCAACGCCGCCUAUGAGAAUCUCCUCAACACAGAGGGCCUCCCUCCUCCACUGACCCUGCAGCAAGUCGCCUUCAACAGUCCUCAGGGUCGCGUAUUCGCUGUGCUCUUUACAUGGAGCCACCCCGACCUAGAGGAGGGCCAACGAUGGGCAGAGAGAAUCUCCUCCCUCGCCCCGUUGCUCAUGAGCACCGUCGCCCCCACGACCGUCCCGGACUGGUUCACAGGUAAUGGUGCCCUGGUACCCGAAGCUGUGUAUGGGUCCCUCCAGACUCAUAACGUCCGGCGCAUCAAUCCCGCCGUGGCGGAGGUGAUUGCACGGAAUGUGGCAUCCAUGCCGUCUGAUCCGGGCACGAUGGCCACAAUCCAUCAGUUACGGGGACAGUCUGCUGGUGAAGACGCAGACAAGCUCGAGCAUUCUGUCUUUGCGACAAGGGAGCCGCAUUAUAUGCUUGAGUUUGUGGGAUGUGCUAUAGAUGAGCAAAAGGCGGCGGCAUCUGAGGAGUGGGCGGUUAAACUGGCAGAGGAGAUUGUGCAGGCCGAUGAGGGGAAUGUCUUGCCCACGGCAUAUGUGUCUUUGAUGAGAUUCGCGAGCCUGAAGCCGGAAGAGGCAGUCAAGAAGGCGUUUGGGGCCAAUGCAGAGGCGGUGCGCACGUUGAAGCAGAGGUUUGAUCCGGAGAAUGUGUUUGCGUUGGCGCUGCCAGCGUUGAAGUAG